CGAUAAAAAUCUCAUUUAGAUCGAAUGGAGAUUUGAUUAGAUAAAAAUAGAGUGUAGGUUGUUGUGGUUGGCGUGUGCCUCGCACUGCACGCCGUUCCGUAGAAGACCGUCUGUGGGUGUGAGUUGCUUCCUUGGAAGAAUUUGUCUACAUACGUCACGUGUGCAGGGGACUACUUUAAGAGAACCGGAGCCACGAGCCAAAGUCAACUUAGUCUGGCAGAAACCGCGCCGUCUGCAGCAAAAGCGGGCCCCUGUCUGUCCUGCAAGUCGUCCCUUAGCCAUCCUCUACACCUUCACCGAGGUCACCAUGCUCGUCGAGGAGGAGCUCGAGUGUGUCGUGUGCUGCUACGAGUACUCCCGCAGCAACCGGGUCCCGCGGGUCCUCCACUGCAACCACACUUUCUGCGCCCCGUGCCUGGAGAAACUGUCCAAGCUGCAGGGGGUCAUCCGCACCGUCCCCUGCCCCCUGUGCCGCUGGAUUACCUGCACCCGGGCCAGCCUGACCCUGCCCGGGGCCCUGUGGGUCAACACGGAGAUCUGGGACCAGAUUGCAGAGGAGCAGCAGAGGACUAGGGUCGGAUCAGUGGCCGAGUCGAAGGACACAAAUACCCACCUCAUCAAGUCAAAGCUCUCCGCUUCGAGGCACUCCGGCUUCAUGUCCACAGUCCAGAAAAUGUUCAGCUGUGUGCCGCUGCAAGGACCAGAGACCGAGGGCUGCUGA